UAUCCUUUUUCUAAUUAAUUUUGUUUCGUCUUUUUCAAAAGACACUGCCCUCUCUCUUGUUCAUAUCAGAUCAUAUUCCAAUUUCUUGAAUCUUUUCAUAGAAUUUCUUUCUUGAAUCUUGAUAUAUAAAUUUAGAGAUUAUAGCUUCCUCCAUCUUUCUGUCUUUCUGUUCAUUCUUGAUUUGAAACAGGUGAAGCCAGUGCUGUAAAUUAUCUCAAGAAAAUCUGAAGCUUCGAUAAGAAAUCCAGGUUAGAGCUAGUGACAAUUUUUUAAUGCCCUAAUGACAGAUUUCUUAAUGGCAUCACAUCUUUCAUGAGUUGCAACUAGCUUAACAUGGAUUCCUCACAUGAUCUUUAUUCGAAUUCAAACAAGCUGAACGAACACAACACUUUAUGCAUCGGCAUGGCAUGUGGGGCUGCCUGGAUCUUGAGGAAUAAAGGGUCAGGCACCUGUUGCUGGAAAAAUAUCAGCUCUUUAAUUAAUCAACUUGUCAUGUUGGUAUGCUGCAACUUAGAUUUUCUUGCUUUGAAUGGUUCAGUUGUUGAGGUUUUAAGGGUAGAAGUUUGUUGAAGGAGUGAAAAGAAAACUCUUCAAAAAAAAUUAGGAUGACAGGGAAAUAUAGGAUAGGACCUACUUAGUCAUUGACGUUGUUGAAAGAAAAUGUCAAAAAUGUAAAGGAAGAAACAAGGAAAGAGGUAGAAAAAAUGAGAGUGCAUGUGAGAUAGAUCUUAACAGUUGGUGCUAAAGAAAGGGUUUGUAUAUAAGAUCACAGACCUUCAUUUGCCAGCUAAUUCCAGGAAUGGGCUCUCCUCUUGUCAUAAAAUUGAUGGAUUGUGCUAAGGCAAUUGCAGAUGGUGACCUGAAAUUUGCAGAUCAGCUUUUUAGCGAUAUGGAAGCCCUGUCAGCUGCGGAAACCAACCGAGUGACGAAAAAAGUCGUCGAGUAUUUUGCUGAAGCUCUAGCCCGGAGAGUCCAUGGAGUGCAUCCUCGAAAUCCUUUCCCAUUACUUCCUUCCUCAAAUUUAAAGAAGAUCAGCUAUGAACCUUCUCCUCUUGAAUGGUUUGCUUGCAUGUCCACCGACUAUGCCAUUCGUGAUGUCUUAAAUGUUAAAAAAAAUAAGCUCCACCUUAUUGAGAUUUCCAGCUUGGUAGACUGCUGGCAGCGGCAUAGUUUGGAGGAGUACCUCUUACACGGGCAGCAUGGCAUGCCCUUGUCAUUCCAGUACACCAGUAUUAGACCAAAACUGUCAAAAAAUGAUGAUUAUCUUCAAGAAAACCGACGGAUGAUCACUGAAGUAGCCCAGAGGUCUCCGGUUGAUUUCAAGUAUAGAGCAUUGUUUGCUGAUAGUGUACCUGAUAUAGUAGAGUCUGUGUUGAGACUUGAAAGAACAAGCGAGGAUGAGAUAAUAAUUGUGAGAUGGGUGUUUCAACUCCACAAAUUGCUUGCACUUGAAGGAGCAGUUGAUACAGUGCUGUCAAAACUGAAAGACCUAAAGCCAGAUAUCAUGGUAAUUGUUGAACAGGAAGCUGACAAUAACACUGACGAUUUCUUUUACCGCUUUGCCUCAUCAUUCAAAUACUACCUCAACCUUUUUGAAUCUCUAGAGCUCUAUGCAACCAACUUAAGCUCCCUGAUUUGGGAAAGACAUUUGAGGUGGCAAAUAUGCAAUGUGGUUGCAAGUGAAGGCAUUGACCGGAUUGAACGGCAUGAGACAUUGGCUCGCUGGCAACAACGACUGUAUGGUGCUAGGUUCUGUUCAGUUUCCUUAUGUUCCGACCACUUUGCUGAUUUUUUAUAUGAUUUCUCAGCUUAUAAAAUAGAAGAAAAUAGCGGAUUUCCUGUGCUGUUGGCAGCAGGUCAACCGCUAAUCUUCGCAUCAGUUUGGAAACCUGCUAAUGCAACUCAUUCAAGUGGUGAAAAUAUUGGCAAUUCAGAUGACACAAUGAGAGGGACUGACCUUAAUCAUCCUAUCACAAUACUAGAAGAAAGUACAUCUCCAGUAGUUGAGACAGAGGCAGUAAGCUCUUCAGAGUUCGCUGAGCCAGAGGUAGUGAGCUCUUCAGAGUCUGAUGACGACAAUGAGUAUGUUUAUAAUAGAAUAAGGAGAUUGACUCACGGAAAGAUAUGGUCUGUAGAGGAGGUACGAGAAUAUUUGGUUUCUCCUUUUACAGAGAAGGAAUCAAAAAGACUCAGCAGGUGGAAGUCUCGUAAACUUACCAGGAAUGUUGCUGGACGGGAUAAGCAAUUGAAUGUUCCCGAUACAUCACUAGCAAGUCUGCUUAGGAUUCCUCCAUCAAGCACCCCAAUCCUCGAGGAGAAACAAUAUUAUGUUGACGAUUCGGUUAUAAAUGCAUUUUUCGACUUGCUGAAGAAGAGACAGGAGAAGUUUCCAGACUGGUACAAGAGGAACUCCUCAUUGCCAACCUGGACAAUGGUAAGGAAGAUUAAAACUUGGCCGUCUUUUGCUUCUCUUUAUUCAUUGUCGUUAACCUGUGUUCAAUGUAAUGGCCAAAUUUACAAGACCUUCUUGCUUUCUGGAAAAUGGACCAUGACAAAACUACUAUCUUGCAUAAACAUUGAAGAGAUAGCAGGCACAGCAAAGUUGUUCAUACCGUUGUGCUUGGAAAAUCAUUGGAUCCUCAUUUGCGUUGACAUGGAGAAACGGGAAUUUCUUUGGUUAGAUUCAUUAAAUUCUCCUCCUGAUGCUCAUCAUACGGAAAAGACAACAAUUUCGGAGUGGCUUGAAAAGCACCUACUACCAGUGUUGGGCUAUCGUAAUUCACAGCAAUUGAAAUUAAUGCAACUCAAUAUUCCAUACCAAACAAAUCGAAUAGACUGUGGCAUAUUUGUGAUGAAGUAUGCUGAUUGUCUUGCACAUUGCGAUCACUUCCCUUUUACACAACAAGACAUGCCUCACUUUCGGCUUCGAGUCUUUCUUGACAUAUAUCGUGGGAGACUACCUGUGCCACCCAGCCAUGUUAGAUUCUUAAGAGCCUUGUAUAACAUAUAGGAUUCUCUGUUGAUGGAUGAUCCUUCCACUUGUUAUGUGGAGAGAGAUGCAGGAAGCUGUAUUAUAACAAAGGUACUAACGCAGGGCCUUUUUGCCAUUGUUCCUACUUGUGUGAUAGAAGGCUGAGGGAGUGGGGGUGAAAUGGAGCAAGUUGUUUCAAUCAAGAUAGUCAUGGAUUAAUAUUUAAUAAGAACAAAUAAUAAAUUAUGUUUCUCUAUCAGAAUUUCUAUCUGGUGGAAAUCUGUAAUUGACUUGAGUGAACAAAAUUCCAAUUUCCAGAUUUUGAAAA